GAGCCGAAAGGUGAAGCGCUGCCGGGACGCUUUGAUUGCCGCAGCGGCAGCGUGCGCCCCUCCUCGCGUAAUCAAUCACCUGUCGCUUACGCUCUCGGAGUCGGAGCAGAGCGGCACCCACGCCCACCACCUCCGCGGCUCCACUCCACGGGCGGGCCAAAAACCCGAGGCCCCAGAUCCUAACCACCGCGGCCUAAUCCUCCCGCUCCCACCCUUCCACCGCACGCGCGCCAGAUCGAUCGGUGGCGCCGGGCGGCGGCGCCCGCGCGCGGAUCCAAAUGCGGCUGCUGCUCAUGCGGUAGCUCCGGCUCCGGCUCCGGCUGAGGCUGCGUUUGAGGCGCUGCCUGCUGGCUGGCUGGCUGAUGCGGACGAUCUGAGGAGGAAGAGGGAGAGGUGAUGGCGGCGGGGUCGGCCGAGCGGCAGGCGCGUGGCGGCCCGGUAUUUAAGAGUGGUCCUCUCUUCAUAUCAUCCAAAGGAAUUGGAUGGAAAUCGUGGAAAAAGCGUUGGUUCAUCCUCACGCGAACAUCACUAGUAUUCUUCAAGAGUGAUCCUAGUACAUUGCCGCAGAGAAGUGAUGAAGUGAACCUUACUUUGGGGGGCAUUGACCUGAAUAAUUCUGGGAGUGUAGUAGUCAGGGAGGACAAAAAGCUGCUUACUGUCCUUUUUCCAGAUGCCCAUGACGGCCGUGCUUUCACCUUGAAGGCUGAAACUUCUGAAGAUUUAUUAGAGUGGAAAACAGCACUGGAAGAAGCUCUUGCACAAGCUCCAAAUGCAGCUCUUGUGAUGGGGCAUAAUGGAAUAUUUCGUAAUGACACAACAGAUGUAUAUGAAGGGGCUAUUCCGAAUUGGAGAGAGAAGAGACCUAUCCAAUCGCUAGUUGUUGGCAGGCCAAUACUUCUUGCACUGGAAGAUAUUGAUGGCAGUCCUUCUUUUCUAGAAAAAGCUUUGCGUUUCCUUGAGAAACAUGGGAUAAAGGUGGAAGGAAUUUUGCGUCAGGCUGCAGAUGUGGAUGAGGUUGACAGGAGAUUGCAAGAAUAUGAGCAAGGAAAGACAGAGUUUGCACCCGAAGAGGAUGCUCAUGUUGUUGGUGACUGUGUAAAGCGUGUUCUCCGUGAGCUGCCAUCUUCUCCAGUUCCUGCUUCCUGCUGCACAGCAUUACUGGAAGCUUUCCGUCUGGAAAUUAAGGAAUCUCGGAUAAAUUCUAUGCGUGCAGCAAUAUCUGAAACAUUUCCUGAGCCUAAUAGGCUGCUGCUGCAGAGAAUUUUGAGAAUGAUGCAUACUAUUGCUUCUCAUACUGCUGAGAAUCGAAUGACUCCAUCAGCAGUUGCUGCUUGUAUGGCUCCUCUCUUGUUACGUCCCCUUCUGGCUGGUGAAUGUGAGAUGGAAGAUGACUUCGACAUGAAUGGUGACACUUCUGCUCAGCUUAUUGCUGCUGCAAAUGCUGCUAACAGCGCUCAAGGCAUUGUCACUACUCUAUUAGAGGAAUAUGAGACUAUAUUUGAUGAUGAACACCCAAGAUGCUCCUUAUCACCUGAUUCUCAAACCAGAGAUAGUGGAAGUGAAGAAUCAACAGAUGAUGAAACCGUGGAUGUCAAGGAUAAUGGGUUCCAUGAUGCAGAAAAUGAUAUUGAUCAGGAAUUAGAUGAUGCCGAGCGUAUAUUGAGUGGAAAAUUGAGUGAAAGCAGUGCAUGUGCUGGUGGUGACCUAUAUGACUACAAGGUAGUUCAUGGCGAUGAUUCAGAUGCUGAACCCUCUGUUGCGGAUAAGGCUUUGGAAGCAAAGACAGAUUUAAAUGAUGCUCUGCUAAGUCAUUUAACUGAAAAUGGCUCAAUGAGUGUCCAGCAAUCAACGAAUGAAAAGGAUCCAUCAAAUCUGGUGUCCAGUCAUGAAACUCCAUUCUUGAUGGGAGAGAUUCUUUCAUCUUUGGAUGCAGGAAUUUCAUUGCUUGGUCCUGGAGCUGAAUAUUCUGUGGACAGACAGUCCAGCAAACCCAAUGGAACUAAGCAGCAUGCGAAGCGUUCUAACUUUUGGGGACGGAAUAAUGCAAGAAAAAGCCAACAUUCGUCAGAGUUAGUUGAUUCGUCAGGUGAAGAAGAGCUUGCUAUCCAAAGACUUGAGGUCACAAAGAAUGAUCUACAGAUCAGGAUUGCAAAGGAGGCUAGAGGUAAUGCAAUCCUACAUGCAAGUUUGGAAAGAAGAAAACAAGCGCUACAUGAGCGUCGUGUGGCUCUGGAACAGGAUGUGUCAAGGUUGCAAGAGCAGCUACAGGCUGAAAGGGAUCUUAGAACUGCACUGGAAGUUGGACUAAGCAUGUCUUCUCCACAAUUUUCUAGUUCAUGCUCUAUGGAUUCAAAGACGAAGGCGGAACUUGAAGAGAUUGCUCUUGCGGAAGCUGAUGUUGCAAGACUAAAACAGAAGGUUGCAGAGCUACAUCUCCAACUCAAUCAACAGCGCCAGCACCAAUACAGCUCAUUCAUAGAUGCAAAUGAUCGUUCUCAACACCUUCCAAGUCAUCUCUCGCAGAACUUUGUCCAACCGGGAUUUGAUAUGAAUGUUGCAAUCUGUAAUCAAGAGAAGCAGAGAAAUGAGGGGAGCUUAGCAGGUGCAUCACACUGGAGAAGCCUAAAGCAGCAUGUGCUAACGCAUGGUUCUUCGAGGCAGUCCUCCCGCAAGCAAUCCUUGGACGCCUCUUUGGGUGAUUCGAGGGAGGCAUCAACAAGCAUGCCAGUGGAGACCGUUUCGAUGUCCGUGAACAUCCCUAGAGCAACCGAGCAGGGUUCAGAAUAUGGGAGGCAACAGUCCGUGCCAUCGUCCACCCUGGUUGAACUGACAACCCGACUAGAUUUCUUCAAAGAACGGAGGUCACAAUUGAUGGAGCAACUCCACGGCCUCGAUUUAGGGCAUGGAUCUGCAUCCCAUGGUUCCCCUUACAAGUCUUCGUCUCCCUGGAACAGUCCAAGGUAGGGGGAGGUUGUUCAGUUGUUGCAAUCCCACGUCUGUAUAUUCCCGGUACAUAAUCUUUUUCCCUUGUCUUCUGUAGAAGCCGCUAGUGAGAAUGUAUGUCCCUUUCCCUCUCCAUCCUUCAAUUGUUUUGCUGUUGCAUGCAGCAGCAUUUUUCGAGUGUGAUUUUUGUUAUGCUUUUGUAAUCUAUUAUUCUAUUGUAUGUAAUGAGUUAAGGGGAUUACUGACACUUGUCUUCCAAGUAUCUUUGCAAUAUAAAUGUGUUUUUUCGGGGC